AUGAAUUUAUUAAAGCGUCUUGAGUGGCUCAAUUUCCGCCAUUUAUUCGGUUAUCGAUUUGCAUCCACGAGUGAGCUUCCAGGUCCGAAAGACCUUGAGCGUGACUGUUGGAACUGCCUUAAGCGCAUUAGCUGCCAAACGUUUAUUUGUGAAUGCGGCAAGUUGCAACAGCUCAGCCCAAGUUGGAAUUACUUUGACUUCUUCGGCAUCACGAAGCCCACAAUGAACAUAAACAUGGACAGCCUUGCGCGUCAGAAGCGCAAUCUGCAAAAAGCCUACCACCCAGACAAAUUUACCCGGUCCUCGAGGAAAGAACAAGAGAUUGCCGCGAGUGUUUCGGCGAAAGUGAACGAUGCCUUCAAGGUGCUCUCUUGUCCCAUCACAAGAGCCGAGUACAUUCUCACGCUUAACGGCAGCCCCUGCUCGUCAGUUGACAUGGCCGCUGCCGACAUGGAGUUUCUUGUUGAAAUUAUGGAGCUGAAUGAACGUGUUGAUGAAUUAUCCAAAUCACCAGAGAAAGCUGAUGAGGUCGACUCCCAGAUAGCGUCUCGAUGGGACGAGGAAAUGGCAUCCGUGUCAGCUUGCAUCGAAAAGGAGGACUGGGCGGCUGCACACACCGCCCUGUCGAGGCUCCGUUACUUUGAACGCCUAAGAAAUCGUGUACGGGAACUAAAGCCCAAAUUGUCUGCGGCCGGAACCGGCGCGCAGUUUAAAUAG